AUGAAGAAAUUUGGGUAUGAACAGAGCCAUUCCGACCAUACUCUAUUCUUGAAGAAAGGGGAUGGUCAGAUCACAUGUCUAAUCAUUUAUGUAGGUGAUAUGGUAAUAACAGGGAAUAAUGAAAGGGAGAUAAAGGAGCUUAACAGGAAAUUAUUCAUGGAGUUCGAGAUGAAGGAUUUGGGGAACUUAAAGUACUUCCUUGGUAUAGAAGUUUUUCGGUCCAAGAAGGGAAUCUUCAUCAAUCAAAAGAAAUAUGUCUUAGAUCUGUUAGCAGAGGUAGGUAUGCUUGACUGCAAACCAGUAGAAACAUCAAUCGUUGCUAAUCAUAAACUCCAGACAACACCUGGAGAAGAACUAGCUUAUAAGGAGAAGUAUCAGAAACUGGUGGGCAAACUGAUCUAUCUAUAUCAUACUAGACCCAACAUAUCAUAUGCAGUUGGGGUUGUGUGUCGAUUCAUGCACUUACCACAAACUCCACAUAUGGAAGCAGUGGUAAGAAUCUUGAGAUACUUGAAAGGCACGAGUGAUAGAGGAGUCUUCUUUGGUAAUAACCAUCAUCUUGACCUCGUAGCUUACACAGAUGCUGACUGGGCAGGCAAUCGAGACAGUAGGAAAUCUACAUCUGGAUACUUCACUCUUGUAGGGGGUAACUUGGUUACUUGGAGGAGUAAGAAACCAAAAGUGGUUGCAUUAUCAAGAGCAUGCAAGUUAUUCUGUGACAAUAAAGCAGCUAUUGAUAUCUCAGAAAAUCCAGUCCAACAUGAUCGAACAAAACAUGUAGAGAUUGAUAAACACUUCAUAAAGGAAAAAUUGGAGAAGAAAUCAUCAGCAUUACACAUUUACAAGCAAACAUUUCAUAACGAGAUAAUGAGAGAUAUUUGUUUUCCCAUCAUUUAUUUCAACAAGAUAGGCCAGGCCAUCGCUAAUGGCAUUUCAUAUAAUGAGAGUGAAAUUUUAACACGAUUUUUUAUGAAUAAAUAUAAGUUAAAUUAUAUCCAUGAAAAAAGUUGUUAUAUUGUUAGAGGGGGUUCCAGUGAUGAUGAUGAUGAUGAUGAUGAUAAUGAUGAUAAUGAGUACCAAGGCUCUGCCCUAGUUCUGCAGGAGCAUCUGAAGCUGCCGGAGAUAGCCACGUUGACAAUGCACCGCCACGAGGGAGCAGGUGCUCACAGUCCGCUGGAACAGACUAGUUGA